GUCAACCUUGUCCCCGGCUCCACUGAAAAAGUCAAAACCCUCGUCAAUUAGACAGAAAUCAAAAAAAUCAGAAAUGGCGAUUCCCGAACUUUACCAAGAAAUCCUGAUCGACAUUUUCUUACGUCUCCCGGCAAAAUCAAUCGGCAAAUGCAGAUGCCUAUCGAAGCCAUGGCGCGCUUUUCUUUCCAGCCCUGAAUUCAUCAAAUCCCACCUCGCUCGAAAUUCCCACAAACAAAACCUCCUCCUCAUCUCCGCUGCAAACUCGAUCCACUCCAUCGACACCAUCAAAGAACGCACUAAUUCAGCAAAAAUCAAGCUGCGAUCUGAUUGGCUGGAGUUUGUCGGUUCUUGCGACGGCUUGAUUUUGUUGGUAAACAAGAAAGGCGAAAUCUUUCUGGUGAACCCCGUCACCCUGCAGCAGAGGAGAGUACCAAAUUCGCCUCUAUCUUUGAAGAAGCGGUUUAGCUUCACCGUGCAUGGGUUCGGGUACGAUAGUUCCACAGAUGAUUAUAAGAUUGUCACGCUUUCGUAUUACGAUCCCGAGUGCGAGUACGAGCCCGAUUGCGUCGAUACGUUCGUGGACGUUUAUUACGUGAAGAAGGGGUUUUGGAGGAGGGUUGAGAAUUCUCCUUACGAUCACUCGGCACCUGAUCGUGCGUCGGGGGUUUUGCUGAAUGGGGCUCUCCAUUGGUUGGCGAGUAGUCCAGGGACCGGUUAUCCGUCUGUAAUUGCUGCUUUUGAUUUGGCACGUGAGGUGUUCGAUGAAAUUCCUGCUCCAAGUGGUAUGAAUAUGGACUUUGUGUUCAAUUCGCUUCAUGUUCGUGGGGGUUGUCUUUGUAUGGUUGACUAUCAAUGUAAUGCUCGAAAGAGUAUUUGGAUUAUGAAGGAGUACGGGUUGGCGGAGUCUUGGACGAAAUACGGUAUCGGUUGGUAUGACGGUAUUUUGAAGCCUUUGUGUUUUGUUGGGGAUGAGGAGUUUGUGUUGAUUACCCAUGAAGCUUUAGUUGUUCACAAUGUGAAAGACGGGAAAUCGAGGGAUAUGGUUGUUGAUGGAGUUCAAGACGCUUUUAUCGAUGGAGGCAUCUUCGUGGGGAGUCUUCUCUCGCCAACUUUUAGCGAUAUUUCCGAACUUGAAACGGUGACCUGCGAAUUCACCCAACAAAUCUUGAUCGAGAUAUUCUCGCGUCUCCCCGCGAAAUCCGUAGGCAAGUGCAGGUGUUUAUCGAAACAAUGGCACACGAUACUUUCCACCCCCGAGUUCAUCAAGUCCCACCUCGCUCGAAAACCCCACCAAGAAAAUCUCCUUCUCAUCACCCCAUCACAUUCAAUGAACUCCAUUGCCACCAUCAAGAACGACGCAUUUUCCGAAAAGAUCGAAGUGCAGGAUAACUGGAUCGAGGUUUUGGGCUCUUGCGACGGCCUAGUUUUGUUACUAAACGAGGAAAACGAGAAGUUUCUAGUGAACCCCGUUACUUUGCAGCAGGCAAAAGUACCAGAUCCGCCUGUAGCUCUAGAAAAAUGGGAGAGCUUUACCAUGCAUGGAUUCGGUUACGAUAGUGCUAUCGAUGAUUAUAAGAUUGUCUCAGUUUCUUAUUCUUUUAACGACGAAGAUUACGACACUGGCUUUGUGGAUACGUUUGUGGAUGUGUAUUACGUGAAGAGGGGGUUCUGGAAAAGGGUUGAGAAUUCUCCUUAUGCCCAUACUUUUCACGACCCCCCCUCCGGGGUUUUCUUGAAUGGAGCUGCCCAUUGGUUGGCUAGUAUUAAAGAUUCGAGGCAUCGGUCUGUAAUUGCUGCUUUCGAUUUGGUUCGUGAGGUGUUCGAUGAAAUUCCCGCUCCAAGUGGCAUAAAUGCGAACUUUGUGUUCUGCACGCUUGUGGUUCUUGGGGGUUGUCUUUGUUUGGUCGAUGCUCGAUGCAAUAAAAAAACGGAUGGUAACCGAACGGAUGUUUGGGUUAUGAGAGAGUAUGGAUCGGCAGAGUCUUGGAUGAAAUUCAGUAUCGACUGUAACUAUUACGAGCGGUAUAUUAUUGCAAGGCCUUUGUGUUAUAUCGGGGGUGAUGAGGAAAUUGUGUGGACGACCAAAGAGGAAAGUUUGGUUAUUUACAAUCUGAAAGACAAAACUUUUAGAGAUAUGAUUGUUGAUGGAUUUCCGGCCCAUGUGCUUAAUGGAUGCAGCUUUGUCGGGAGCCUUGUCUCUCCUUAUUUAUGAUAUGUCUUAAAAUCUCGACCCGCUAUGUCAUGUUCGAAUCGGAGCAGAACAUGUACAUGUGUGUGUGUCGAUAUAUAUAAAGGUAGUUGUUUUUGGGUAUAAAGAUUAGAUGGUUGUU